ACGUCUUUGCGUCUUCUACCAGCUCCCUAUCAUCAAACAAGGGGAGGGGAAGAAGCCGGUGAGGAAAAACCUCUCUUUCCGCCGCCCUGCGCGUUUCUGCAGCCUUGCUCCGAGGCCGAGGAGCCCCUGUUGGAAGAGAUGGUGAUGGGCCAGGGCCCCCUGUUGUUGGUCUUCAUGCUGGGUCUGGGUCUGACCCCGCCAACCCUGGCUCAGGAUGACUCCAGGUACAAGCACUUCCUGACCCAGCACUAUGACGCCAAACCAAAGGGCCGGAAUGACAGAUACUGUGAAAGCAUGAUGGAGAGACGAGGCCUGACCACACCCUGCAAAGACACCAACACCUUUAUUCAUGGCAACAAGGGCAGCAUCAAGGCCAUCUGUGGAAAUAAGAAUGGAAACCCUUACGGAGAAGCUUUAAGACUAAGCAAGUCUCCUUUCCAGAUCACCACCUGCAGGCACGUAGGAGGGUCUCCCCGGCCUCCCUGCCGGUACAGAGCUACACCAGGCUUCAGACACAUUGCUGUUGCCUGUGAAAAUGGCCUGCCUGUCCACUUUGAUGAGUCCUUUUUCCGUCCAUAACCAGCAGGCCACAGCUGGCUCUGCUCCCCUUUCCUUGCAUUUCCCUCCACACCCCAGAACAGUGGUGGCAACAUUCAUUGCCAGGGGCCUGGAGAAUGACCUGCCUGGAUCUCUUGCUUUCCUUUUUACAACAUGCUUAAGAAAUAAAAAUGACUCUGAAAUCAGUAAGAAUCAAA